GACGGAUCUUCAUGAAGCUAUUGAUUUAAAAGACUGGUCAGGCGUCCGUCGAAUCACAAAAGACCACCCUGAAUGGCUGAGUGUGCGGGACGAUAAACUUGGUUACACUCCAUUGCUUCAACUUUUAAAAUCCAAAGGCACUCCAAGUGUUGUAGCAGAAAUUGCAAACAAAACACCAACAUCUGUCAUCGAUAUUCAGAAUGAAAAUGGAUGGACAGCUCUGCAACUCGCCGCACAACAUGGCUAUUCUGAAGUCGUCCGUGUGCUGAUUUCAAGAGGGUCAAACAAGGACAUUCAAAUGAAGAAAGGAGUGACGGCUCUGUUUGUGAGUGCUCAAAAUGGUCAUACUGAUAUUUGCAAAAUUCUCAUUGAAUCUGGUGCAGAUAUGCAUCUUCAACAAGAAGAUGGCUGGACGACUUUAAUGACUGCCGCUCACUUUAACAAGUAUGACAUCGUAAAACUGCUUAUAAAAAACAAUGUUGACUUAAACCAAGUUAACACUGUGGGUCGGUACCGGAAAUUAAUUUUACACCUUCAGGAAGGUCAAUUCCUUCAGUAAUUUCUGCCCAUGGACCAGCUGCUGAUCAAGUUUACAUUAAAGCUUUGAAAGAGGGCGCUGUUGAUGUAAAUCUAGGAAGAAUAAAGGUAAUUGGGCAAGAAAGAGUCGGUAAAACCUGCCUCAUCAACGCCUGCCUCGGAAAACCAUUUAACCCUCAUGAAAAAACUACUAAUGCGAUAGCAACAACCAAUAUUGUAACCAAGACAGCAGAUGAGCCAAGUAAAUGGAGAGAGAACCUUACAAACAGUGGAAGUGCAACUGAAGUGUAUCAAAAGUUAAUGGCAGAGACAGUUAUCAGACACACAGUGG